GUUUUUAUUUCGCAAAAUCACUAAAGUGGCAGAUCGAAAUACCCGUCAAAACGAUGAAUGAUUUCAAAUGAGUAUUAAGGACUCAUAGUUUUAAGCUUGCAGGUAAGAAGAAAUGGAAAGCUAAAUUUCAUCGCAAAAAUUCUACGCCAAGACGUUUUCUUCCGGAUCUAUGGCCACCUCAGCUGAUUUCAGUGACGACAUAUCCUGUAUAAUCUGUCUGAACAUAUUUACGAAUCCACGGUCCUUAACAAGACUGGCAUUAGGAGCACAUUCAGUUGUCCAAUCUGCAGAGACCGUGCCAAACUCGUCCGCAGAAAUGAGGUUCAAGACAAGACUGAGUCCCUGGCGGAACAAUUCCCAAUUAACUACGCACUCGUCAAGAUCAUCGAUGUUAUACAGAAAUUACAACCACCGUCAUCCAUGAAUGCAUCAAGUAAAUCCAGACACACACUCCGACAGAUAGAUCGAGAAAAAGACAGUCUCCAGCUUGUUACUACCAUAAAUGCAAGUCACAGCUCUGAUACAUUCAGCCCCAUUCUGACAGCCAGUGAUGUGCUACAUGUUGGCACUUCAGUAAAAAUACUAGUCGCAGACAACAACAACCACUGUGUCAAGUCCUUCAACCACGACGGCACACUGCACUGCAUCUACAAACCUAACGGUAUACCUGAAGGUCUUGUUAAGUUUCGUGACAACGAGGUAGUAGUAACUCUAACACGACAGAAGGAGAUCGUGUUUCUGAAGGUUAACGACAAAGACAUCACACUGACAAAAAGAGUGACAACUGAGAAGCAUUUUACAAUGAUAACUGUCUUACCGAACUUCAAUCUGGCCGCUGUUGAAGAUUGUUCAGGUGGUCUGCUUUAUGACAUUAUGGACCAGGACUGUCGUGUAAUCUGGUGUGCACAUGAUAUUUUACCACAUGCCUAUCUUGAAUAUCUCACUGUGAUUGAUGAUUGUCUGCUGAUUGGGUCUAUGGGUUGUUACGAGUGUGCUAGAGGUGUGAAAUGUGUAACAACAUCAGGUGACAAAUGGGCGACUAACAAUGAAACUGGGCUUAUGAGCAGUGGCGGCAUCACAUGCGACGCCAAGGGGUUCAUUUAUGUUGCUAAUCCUGACAGACAUUCAGUUGUUCAGCUGACAUCCAGUGGUCAAUUCGUACAUAACAUCCUCACCCAGGACCACUUGUCUUGUCCCAAGCCUAUCUGUUUCUACCAUGAUCAGCUGUAUGUGGGUGAGAAAAAUGGCGAAAUAAAAGUAUUUACCUGGAAGACAAAAUGAAAUGAAAUGAAAUACAAGUGGAAAUGAAUGAUGUAUGUUUAACAACGUCAAGCAUAUUUUAACCUGCGGCUAAAAGAUGCCCACCAUAGUGAUAACUGUGACUCGGUCUGCAAAGUGAGAACAAAAUUCUGCUGUAGCCAUUUUCCAGACAGACUAUAUGUAUAUG